GCCACCGCGUCUCGUUUCCCAGGAGACGGACACUCAGGCGUACAGCCCAGAAAGAGCGUCGACUUGAUCGGACAUCCGAAGGUAGCUUGAGUUGCCCUGAUGGCCCACGUGUUGCACCGAGGUGGCAGGGGGCCAUUUACUCCAGUGGCAGUGCCAAUUACCCCCGCGCGCUAUCUCAGGCGGCCCACUGCCUACACAAUAUCUCUGCUUCAGGCGCCUUAUAUAGCUUUAGAAGACAAUCCUCCUGAGUGCAAUAUUCAAGUCCCAUUUUCUCCAAGAUGCCGUCUUCGAAAUCAAACAGGUGUCACCAAUCGUUGGCAGCUUCCCUAUUGUCUGGGCAGCGACUUGUUAGGAAAAUCCCAGGCCCUCAGAGCAGUACAGGCCAGCAUUAAUGAGUCCAUGAAAAGAAUUAUGACUGUUGAUUCACCCUUUUAUAUGCAUGAUGAGGUCUCAUCGUCUGAUUCCAUUCCUUCCACUGUUCCAUCAACUCCAAGAAAGGAUCGACCUGCAUCUGCAAAGUUAAGUGUAAGACUGCCUGGCCUUCCAAGGCCUGAGGAUCUAUUUUAUGUUCAGUCAAGAAAAGUGGCCAAAAACAUGGCUCCAGACAUUGUCCUUGAGUGCAUGGGAAGUUUCUGGGAACUGCAUUGUCCAUAUUUAACAAAGUCAAGGAUACUGAUGGAGCUGUUUUCUUCGGUUAACAAGCCUAAAAGCCAGGAUAAUGAAAGCAGUGAUCAAAUGCUUCAGCUCACAACCUGUAUGCUGCCCAGUGGUGCUGGGAAUCAACAGGAGCAACAGUCACCAAGGAAGCCCAUUAUGAUAAAGUUCCAAGUGAAAGAUCCAGGUGUCUCCAAAAAUGCUCUGGCAGCGGCUCUACUGAAUUUGUACAGAUCAGAUCCAGUAGUGGGAGUAGAAGAGGCAGAGGGGCUCCUGGCAGCAGCGAAAGUGUUGGUUUUUCCUCAGCUCUAUCAGAAAUGCCUCUCUGUAAUGCUGGAUAAUAUUAACAGCAAUACUGUCUGCAGAUUUCACCAUGUGGCAUGUGAGUUUAAAGAGGACAACCUAAUGAUGACCUGUGAACGAUGGCUUGAGCUCUACUUGGUUCCUCAUCUUCAAUCAAAGAUACAGCUACGUGAGCUUUCACAGGACCUUUUACUCAAAACUCUCAAGUCCCCAAGGUUGUUCACAUACAGUGAAUAUCAGGUUUUCAGAACCCUCCUCUACUGGCUUUUUUUAAGAUUGAACCCAACUGUACAGAUUAUGCCAUCACACAGUUCCAUUUUAACAUAUUUUAUCAGCUUGUCAAAGGGCGCAGCUUUCCUUGAGAGAGAUGUUGGCAAGAAGUACAUUCCUCUUUUCCAGUGUUUGCGUCUUUAUGGAAUCAUGGAUAGUCUGCAGCUUGAAGAAAUUCAGCAAAUUCAGCUUCUGCCUCAGAUGUGGCUGGUGCGUAUCUUCACAAAGCAUUAUUAUGCAUUGCACAGAGGAGGAGACAUGCCGUUCUUGGAGGACUUUGAUACCCAAGCCCUGCGGUUUGGCUUGAUAAUUGAAGGGGAAGCACAAUAUCACACUAAAACAAUCUCCAUGUAUGGAUUCUACUUUGAGCUGAAGGCUGUUAGAAAAGGUGAAAGUUCUUGUUACAACUUUUCUAUGCAGAGGCUACAGCACAGUGACCCCACCCUUUCAUUCCGGGCCUGCAAACGUCAUCCAUUCUGUCUCAUGCAAGAACGAGGAGUCAUCUAUGAAAUUAAGGUUCAAUCCAGGGUGAAGGGAAAGUGGCAAAUAUUUUGUACUGACCGAGUUAACCAGGAAUUUGGUGUCACCAAAAAGUCUUCUGAAAGUCAGGUCCUCAAAGUAAAUGGACUUAGUCCCCCCAUCUUUGCCACUUUUUCUCUUGCUUUUGCAUCAUUUUGAAGAAACAGAAAAGACAGAAGAAGAUGUCACAAGAAUGACAAAUGUUACCUUUGAAUGGACAGUCCAGGAGUUUUAAUAUCUAAGAAACAACUACGAUGAAUGUAUAUUGUACAAAUUCAUAACAAAAUACCCAAUGCUGGUGAGUUGUCGACAAUGCGUCUGUCUUUAUAAGGAUUAGCCAAACCUUGUAAAGCUUUGUAACCUUUUACCUCAGGUAACAUCUAUGUGAAAAAUGUGAAGUUCUGCUGUGACAGUUGCCUUUAAUCAUAUUUAAAGCAAAAAGGACAAAACAGUGUAGAAGAAUGAACGUUUAUAAAUAAAGACAAUCAGUCACGCGGGAGUGUGUGGUGUUCAUAUUUUUUGUAUUACUCUGUACUAUAACGUGUGGAUGCCACAGUGGUUACCACUGCUGCCUUACAUCUCAGAGCCAUGGCUUGGUCCCUUGGCUGACAUUCUAAGGACUUUUCUCCUGUUUUAGCUUAAUUGGUGGCUCUAAACUUGCCCUGUGUGAGUAUGUAUGGGUAUGCAUGAGUGUGCCCUGAAACUGGUCACCAAUACCAUCUGGGACUGGGUCCCACCUUGAGUCAAAUGUUGCUGUGAUAGUUUUUGAAUAAGGUGUCCUGAAAAUUGAUAAAGCUGGUCUCACUUUAUGUCAUCCAUGUAUAGCCAAAUAAAAACAAAAUCAAAUCUGUUUGAUUUUACUGGAGUGAUAUGUGGACUAUUUGGAGUAAGUCACUGGGCAUGUUACAUUAUGCAACUGGCUUCAUGCCUCCUACUUGCUAGGAUUAUUAAAAUGAAGGUUGUAACUGAAACUCACUGGAAAAGGUGUCUAGUGUGACAUAGGCUAAAGGGAGUUAGUGAUUAAUGUAAAAAUCAAGAACAGUGAAUAUGGACAAACAUUAAAACAAUGCGUGUCCCACUCACUAUCAGUGGCUGCACCCAGUUACAGAAUGUCUUUCCAGCUAGACUAGCAGCUUUAUAUUUAAUUCAACUACAGAAAAUGGUGACCUUUCAAAUGGUGUUUGGUAUCACUUUAGAUUUGCUUGUAUAGAUGUCUUAUUUUGGUUUUGUGCUUUAUCUGACCCUAGAGAGUGGGGAAGAUAAAGAGAGAUGCCGCCCACACAGUCAGUAUAAAAAAAUGUAAAAAAAAGGCCUUGCACUUAAGGAAAUAAAGACAUUACUAUCUAGAAAAAUAAACUCCUGUUCAUCUCAUUAUAUAAAAUCCUGAUGAAUUCUCCUUUCAGGGUAUGGUACUUAUGUUGCUUGUUUGUCAUUUUGUGCAUGUGGUGCCUUGUUA